AUGAACUUCAUAAAGGCCUGCAAAGAGGACAGCCUCCCCGAGAUGCCAAUCCUGGUGAAAUCUCUGAGCAGCUUCACAGAGAAGAAAGGGUACAGAUGUCCUGACUGUGGGAGAGCCUUCAGCUCCAAGUCCUUCCUUACUCAACACUGGCGGAUCCACACAGGGGAGAGACCCUAUGAAUGCAGUGAGUGUGCGAAGGCUUUUAGCCAGAGGGCAAACCUUAUUCAGCAUCAAAGUAUUCAUUCUGGAGAGAAACCAUACAAGUGUGAGGACUGUGACAAAGCUUUCAGGCGGAGCUCCUCUCUCAGGGAGCACCAGAUUAUCCAUAGUGGCAAGAAACCAUUUCUCUGUAAUGAAUGUAGGAAAGGCUUCAGCAAACGCUCAGCCCUCAUCUCCCAUCAGAGAAUUCACACUGGCGAGAAACCCUAUCAAUGUAAUGAGUGUGGGAAGGCCUUUAGUGAUCAGUUAUUCUUCAGCCAACACCGGAGGAUCCACAAUGGGGAGAAACCUUAUGGAUGCAAUGAAUGUGGAAAGGUCUUUAGCUGGGCCUCAUCCCUUAAUCACCAGAGAACUCAUACAGGAGAGAAGCCCUACAAAUGCAGCGACUGUGAGAAGACUUUCAGCUAUAGCUCCUCCCUCAGCCUCCAUCAGAGAACUCCCAACGGGGAGAGUCCCUAUAUGUGUAAGGAGUGCGGAGACACCUUCAGGUAUUGCUCCUCCCUGACCAAGCACCAGUGGACCCACAGCAUCAAGACAACCUGUCUUUGCUAUUGUCUCGUUAUUCCCCUCCCGCACUGCUCCUUGAGCGUCCUCGGCAGUUCAUGA